GGUGGUCAAAUCAAAUCAAUAUGGCCGACUUUCACCGGUUGGUUUGUCUGUUUUGAUAUUUGAUAAAAUUAAUCUUUUCGUAUUACAUAAAACCAUCGUGGGUUAUUGAUAUAUAAUUUUUGUGUACGUUAGAUUCUGUAGCUAACUAUGGAAGCGCUUAUCCCAGUUAUUAAUAAGUUGCAAGACGUUUUUAAUACAGUCGGAGCUGAUGCCAUCCAAUUACCUCAAAUCGUAGUUUUAGGAACUCAGAGCUCCGGAAAAAGUUCGGUUAUUGAAAGUCUAGUUGGACGUUCUUUCCUCCCUCGAGGACCGGGGAUUGUGACCAGGCGUCCUCUUGUACUACAACUUGUAUACAGCCCUAAGGAUAGUAAGGAACAUCGCUCGGCUGAAGAAGGUACUGUAAACCUAGAAGAAUGGGGAAAAUUCCUGCACACCAAAGACAAGAUCUAUUCAGAUUUCGAUCAGAUGAGACAGGAGAUCGAGCGGGAAACCGACCGCAUGGCGGGCAGCAACAAGGGUAUCUGUCCAGAGCCCAUAAGUCUGAAGAUAUUCUCAACCAGAGUAGUCAAUCUCACAUUGGUGGAUCUCCCUGGUAUCACCAAGGUACCAAUAGGUGAUCAACCUGAAGAUAUUGAAAAUCAAAUUAGGAAUCUGAUUAUAAAAUACAUUUCCAAUCCAAACUCCAUAAUUCUGGCAGUGACAGCCGCUAACACUGACAUGGCUACAAGUGAGGCCAUUAAGAUGUCUAAAGAGGUUGAUCCGGAUGGUAGACGGACUCUCGCUGUGGUGACAAAGCUUGAUCUCAUGGAUGCAGGAACUGAUGCAAUAGACAUCCUCUGCGGCCGCGUCAUUCCCGUUAAACUUGGCAUAAUCGGAGUCGUCAACAGAUCACAACAAGACAUUAUUGAUAAGAAAUCUAUUGGGGACGCGCUGAAAGAUGAAGCAACGUAUCUGCAAAGGAAAUAUCCUACCAUUGCCACACGCAACGGCACGCCACACUUGGCAAAGACCUUGAACAGACUACUGAUGCACCAUAUUAGGGAUUGCCUACCGGAAUUAAAGGUGCGCGUCAACGUAAUGAUCUCACAAUUCCAAUCUCUUCUCAACUCGUACGGGGAAGAUGUUUCGGAUAAGUCGCAGACUCUACUGCAGAUCAUCACGAAAUUCGCCAGUGCAUACUGUUCUACCAUAGAGGGUACUGCCAGGAACAUUGAGACCACGGAACUGUGUGGUGGCGCCAGAAUAUGCUAUAUUUUCCACGAGACAUUCGGACGCACCUUGGAUUCGAUACAUCCUUUAGUCGGUUUGACGCGCAUGGACAUUCUGACCGCGAUCCGUAACGCCACGGGUCCGAGGCCAGCCCUGUUCGUUCCCGAGGUAUCGUUCGAACUGCUCGUCAAGAGGCAGAUCAGAAGGCUCGAAGAUCCUUCUCUACGUUGUGUGGAACUGGUGCACGAGGAGAUGCAGCGCAUCGUGCAGCACUGCGGCACGGAGGUGCAGCAGGAGAUGCUGCGCUUCCCGCGCCUGCACCAGCGCAUCGUCGACGUCGUCACGCAGCUGCUGCGGACACGCCUGCCCGCCACCAACGCCAUGGUGGAGAAUUUAGUACAAAUUGAGCUGGCUUACAUCAACACCAAACACCCAGAUUUCCAUCGCGAAGCUGCCCUAGUCUCCGGUCUACUGAAGAGUACGGACAGCCUGAUGGACGACCAUUCCCCAGUGUACCGUCAGAAAACACCGCGACCCACCUCCUCACCGGUAUUCGCCAUGUUCAAACUAUUUCUUCAACAAAUGGGUGAAAGAGGGUCCACCCUAGUAUUCUUGGCAAGUGUAUGGGAAUCGCACCACAAGCAUGUGCCAGCUAUCACGGACGGUCAGGAGAACAGGUCUCCAACAAGCAAUAAUAGUGAAUCUCCAGCAACUCCACAGAUGAACGGCACACCGGAGAACAAAGUGCUAACUCCUCAGAAACCAGUGAACCUUCUACCAGAAGUACCGAGCCAGACUUCUCGUAAGCUUUCCGAUAGGGAACAACACGAUUGUGACGUCAUCGGUGGGCGGAGCGAUGAACCAUCAAUCCUAAUCCCUAACACUGAGACAGUAGACGGCAUCAACGUGAUGCAAUUGAAUCAAAUGGGUGAUUUAGUGGAACGGCUGAUCAAGUCCUAUUUCUACAUAGUGCGUAAAUCGAUCCAAGAUUCAGUGCCGAAAGCUGUAAUGCAUUUCUUAGUGAACUAUGUGAAGGAUAACCUGCAGUCUGAGUUGGUGACUCACUUGUAUAAGUCCGACCAAGCCGAGAGCAUGCUCAACGAGUCGGAACAUAUUGCCCAGAGGAGGAAGGAGGCAGCCGACAUGCUCAAGGCUCUGCAACGCGCCGGGCAGAUCAUCAGUGAGAUCCGAGAGACGCACAUGUGGUGAUGUUCAGCGGAGGAAGACUCUAGUCUGUGAAUUAGUGAAUAUGAGCUCCUGCUCUGUACAUACUCCUUUUAAUCUAGGUAAAUUAUGUGCAUUAGGCUUUUAACUUACUUUUCACAUACAUUUGCUUUUAUCAUUUGAACUCUGCAGCUCUCUUUGCUAUGUAUUAGAUAUUAUACUCAUGACAUUCUGUCGUAAACCAAAAAUUCGGAGUAAAAGCAGAAAAUGUAGAAGCAAAUGCAUGUUAGUUAUAGAUGGACAUUUUUAAAAUGGCACCGCAUACAGGUAAUAAUGUGUUUAAUUAAGUAUUCAGUCAUUUUGCAAGGUUUAUUGUAGAAAGUACUUAUUGUUGUCGUUUGGUGAUUUUAUGCGAUGUAAUACCAGUUUCGUUUAGUAAAUUCUAUCUGCGUAAAUUGUUUUUAUAUCUCAGGCUCAAAUCCGUGUGUGCUUUAUCAGACUCGGACAUCAGACUGCUCAUUCAAAACUUUGUUAUGUGUAUAUUGUGCUCUUGAAAAGCAUUUCGAUAUUAUAUUUACAUUUUAUCUAGUACUUACUAAGCAUGAGUUUUUAAAACACUUUCCUAAGGAAAACUUAGUUUUCUUAUAAAUUGCUUCAGCUGUUUAGUAUUGGCAAUAGUUUCUACUGAAGCAAUAUCACAAUUCCAUAGUCAUUAUAUGCAUAAUGCUAACUAUUGCAAAUAUUAAAGCUUGCUUAUUACUUAAUUACAAAUCGACUAUGGAUUAACAUACUCCAAUGCAUUAUUAAUACUUUCCGAACUGAAACAUGUAUGCAUUCUGAUGUAAAUGGUUCUUGGUAUAUGCUGACUUGUACUUUUAUAUUCCGGUUACACGAUAUUGUGCCAAUACAUUUUAUAGGAUGGUGCGCGAAGCUUUAGUAAACCAACGCAGUCUGUUUCAAUGGUACUUUGUAAAAUGUAGCACAAACGCUGUCGACUUCAGUUACCAUUUUCACUAAUGUUAAUGUAUAACAUGCACAUAAGGUAGGCUUAACAUUUUAGUGUAUGCAUAUUUACAUCGUAGUUAUUAAUGCAGUGAUAUUACUUGUAAUGUCUGCUAUAUAGACAUUUCCAUAAAAGUUGGCUGUCCCUAGUAGUUUUACUGUAUCUUAUAAAUGAAAUUGUUUCGCUCGUAUUAUGAUUGAAUGUGUUAGUCAAUUAAUAUGAAUUGAUUAGAUGUAUAUUCUGUUUUCCCUAUUUACAGGGUUGGUUGGUUAUUUUUUUAAAGUAGUUAGUUGUCUGUGACCAUUUGCAAGGCUUUUUAACAUUGAUUACAUUGUAAGUUGAUACAAGGCAAUGCGUUGCCCUUACAGUAUAUCUUAAUAUAGUUCCUUGUUUAUUAGUUUGUAAUUUCGCAUGCUGUGUUAUCAAAUUUCAUUCACGAUUUCAAGUCAUUUUGUGUCAUGUCCAUUCUAAAAUAAUUUAUUUGUUUUAUCAUGAAUUAGCAUAGUGAGUAUUCCAAUGUUACAUGAUGUAUUUAUUGUUGAAGUCCAAAAAGUGAUUUGCUUUAUGUAUCAAACGAAACCAAUUGAAUGUUACAUAAAUAAGAUUGUAUUUAAAAGUCUGUUAAAUAUUAAUAAAAUAGAUUAAUUGUCAUGGUCAAAA